GGGCGCCCGGUUUGGUUCAGAGCGGCAUGACCGUACACAACGCCCAGUACGCCCGCACACCCGGCGCUUUUGAUAAUAACGCCUACACCAUCGACGAAGAGGAAACCACCGAAGAAGGCGGCCGGUGGCGGCGCAGCUCGAGUGCCACUAGCGGCCGCGACAGUUCGCACCUCCUGCCGGCCGACGGCGACGCCGACUCCGUGUUCAGCGACUCGUCGGCGGCGCAGGCGACGCUGCCGAGCCGCGCGCGACUCCGGCUGCCGCAGAAGCACAAGUACCUGCAGCUGCGCUACGACAGCGAGUCCGGCUACGAGGUGCCGAUCGGCUGUGACGGCAGGCUCGAGUGCGCCGGGGCAGCGGCCGCCGCGCCGCCGCCGCCGCCCGGCUACCAGAACUGCGCCGCCGAGCGGCUGCCGGCCGGCUCGGUGGACGAUAUCCAGUUCUCGUUCGACAGUGCCGAGCACGACCCGCGCCACAGCGUGGCCAGCUUGCUGUCGCAGAUCAGCGGCGUCGCCAUCGACGUCGACCCAGGCAAGACGUCCUGGUGUUAGUGGCCGUCGCGCGCCGGCUGUGAGCGUUCGCGCGCGAGCGGGACAGGCGGCGCCACGAGCGUGGCCGCGCCCGGACGAGGCCGGCUGGGGGCUCCGGGCCAGUCCGCGGCGCUGGACGUCAGGUGGCUAGUCAGUGACUUUGGCCGGCGGGUCGGCCCGACCGCCGAAGGGACCGCCGAGCGACCCCGGCCGGCCGACGAGGCCGCUCUGAAUCAUCAGCACAGUAAGCCCAUUCCUAACGAGGGGUACGCCAGGCCAGCGGCCGCAGCCUGCCGAGUUGAGUUGCCUCGUCGGAGCCCAGCCCCUGCUUCGCCGGUCGAUGGGGGGGGGGGGAUGGGGUGCUGCUAUUUACGUGUACAAAGCGACGCAGUUGCGGCAGGUCGCCGUGUCAAUAGAGCAGUUUCGGUCCAACAUAAGAUUGCGAUCCAUGCUCCAGGAACACUGUUGCUACAAAUAACAGGAGCGCGAUCCCUGCUAGGGACACUGUUCCGCAAAUACCUUGGCGGGAUUUGGACGUGCUGCAACUGCUCUCAAUCAGCAUGUGGCAUAGUGAGAAAAGUUACGUCAACAGCUGGGCGGCGUUCAGUGAACGUGCCCCAUCUCGCCCCGCGCGCGCCUACGGCUUCAGAUGACGCCUCCCUUCACCUAGCCGCCCCGGAUCGAGACACAUCACCUGCAAAGCUUCCCCAGUUACGCGACAUGAGGUGCCGCAUCCACUGAUAUUACGUGUAUGCAGCAGCAUAAGCCAAAGGUUCUUCCAGCCGACUGUGUCGGCCAGCGCGGCCUGCCGGCAGCCGCCGCAGCUCAGUGUCCUCCGGCCGGCGCUCAGUACAGCCCGGCGGCGGCCGCCCCGUCGGGUCCUGUCGCCGGGAGCGCGGCAGUCGCUCGUUGGUCCGCACCUCCUCGGGUCGGCCCCAGGACAGUGUCGGCUGUUUUGUGUGUAACGUGUAUAGAUUUAUUGCGGAUAAUGCUGUGCCAAUUCUUGCGAUGACAAUACACCAUUCCAUGAUGAUGUACGCCGUCGGGCAAGCUACGAAUCUGUACACCCAUGGUCAGCCGCUCCACAGCACAGCCCAGCCGGAGCGUCCGCGGGCGAGCCUAUUAGCCCGCACCGCGGUGCGCUGAGGGCCGCUGGUCGCCUAGCCGGUUGGCCUCAUUGGACGGCCCUUUAUGUGCCCGCGGCCCCCUAGAAAAUAUGUCAGAAAAUCAGAUCUGUCGCCGUCCUGGCCGUUGGCACUCGAGCACACCCUGAUCGCGGCAUUACGUAUGGUUGUAUUCUUACAAACUUCUGCCGUGCAAAUGUCGCCAAACUCAAGCCGUAGUCUACAGGACACAUAACGGAGAGUGACAAUGCGGCACACAAUAUACCCAAGCAUUCAGGCAAAUCAACCAAAUGACUGCGAUAAAAGCAACUGUCUCAUUUCGUGUGCGACAUGAGAUAUUACAUUCCACCGACCACUCGCCAUCAAAGACAACUGCCACGGCAGCAUGGGCCCUUUGUCCUUGACAUUCCACGACGUUAACAAAACUCCUUCGACAGCUAACACUAGUUCCGAGACAAGCGCUACGUUACCCAGUCAUAUCCGCCAGCAAAUCCCCAUUUAAAAUGACGGACAGCCAGCACAGUGGCGCCACGCAGCGGAGACUAAGCAAUACAUCACUAACGGAACGACGCCUCCGCCUCCGACCCACACCCCCUACCACAACUCGUACGUGGCGAUCACGUGUGUUGUCUGGUGCUGCCAGCCCUCUGUCCCGGCCAGAGCGACGGCGGCUCUUGUGCGCCGGGCUGCAGCGCAGCAGGGUGCAGUGCCAGUCCAUUGUCUCCAGCUCCAAACUCCCUGAGCAGCAUCA